AUGGGGAUGAUGGGGGUCGGCAACGGCAAGGGGCAGGGCAACGGGCAGGGGAAUGGGAGGGGGCUUGGGUGGGGUAAGCGCGGGAAGAGCGCGGGUGGCGUGUUGGCGCAGCUGAGGGGCAGCAGUGUGGCGGCUGAUGCGCUGACAGCCCCUGGCGAUGCCAACGCCACUGGCGUCCUUGAAAUCACCCUCCUCCAGAACGGCACGGACUACGACGUGGCCUUCACGGCGCGCAUCUCCCUCUCCACUGACGCCGCGCCCACGGCGCUCACUCUCAACAGUGGUAGUGCCGCAACGACCGGCGCGGCUCUGUUGGACUUUUCCACGGCCACGGGCACUGACGGCGCAUCCCCUCCUGCAUGGACCAGCACGGCCGCGCCCUCCCCUGGCAGCGGCCCCAUGGGGCGCGCGUGGGGCCGCCUGCAGCACGCGGUGGGGCGCUCUGCGCGCGUGGCAGGGCUGCACACCUUCACUCUCACGGGCGUGUGGCGCGCUGCUGCCACCGUGGCUGCUGCGGACGGCGUGCAGACGGUGAAGGACGUGGCGCUGGCGGUUGUGGCGCAGCCCCGCGCCUUCUAUGCCCUUGUGGCUUCCCCCGGGUUUGAGGCCGGCGCUGCUAGGGGUCAGUUCCAGAAGGCACCCAAAGGAUGGGCGUUCGGCCUCAGGAACUGA